ACUUAACCUUUGUUAAAUUGAAGAAGGGUUCAGCUAAAAAAGUUGUCUUAGAUCGUGAAAAGACAAUACUUUGAUUGGACCCUUUCUCAUUUGAUUGGGUAAAGUGAAAACACAAAGAAAUGGCGUCUCGGUUGCAGCAGAUCGAAGGCGAUGAGUCGGUUGUUUUACGCGUCACUCACUCUAACAUCAAAACCUUCGCAGCUGAUGUUCGCUUUUCCCUUCAGAUGAGUGUGGAAUCUGUAAAAGAUAAGCUGUGGAAAAAAUGUGGUACUUCUGUUGAUUCAAUGCGCCUCGAGCUUUAUGAUGACACAAACUCUAAAGUUUCAGAUUUAACCGAUAAUUCCAGACCUCUUGGGUUUUAUUCUCCUCUUAAUGGGUAUCGGUUACAUGUUAUAGAUCUUGACCCGUCAUCUGUAACCUCUGGUGGCUGGCUUGAAGACACAUCAUUGGUGGAGAAAUACACUAUAUCUGAAGAAGAAUAUCGCAAACGUGAUGGUACAUUUAGAAAAUUUAAGGAGAAAAUGCAAUCUCAAAAUUCAUCAGCUUUUGAAAAUAAGAUAUCAGACAACUACAUGGAAGAUCUCUGUGCAAAUAUUAAGGUAGGAGACAGAUGUGAAGUUGAUCCAGGGGCAAAAAGAGGUGUUGUCAAAUUUGCGGGUAGAGCAGAAUCGCUUGCACCUGGUUUCUGGGUUGGAAUUCAAUAUGAUGAACCAUUGGGAAAACAUGAUGGCAUUGUGAAAGGGAUUCGCUACUUUCAGUGCCCUCCACUCCAUGGUGCAAUGGUUAGGCCAGACAAAGUAAAGGUUGGUGAAUAUCCUGAAAGAGACCCGUUUGAGGAAGACGAAAUAUAAGCAGGGCAUUGAUAAGCUUAAGAAGAUAAUGCCCCGUUUCUCCAUUUAUCAGAUCCAUUAUUGGAACAUCUUAUGGAUACUCAAUACUGGAAAGAGUUAUUCAAAAUUCGCUUAACAGGGUAAGAAACAAUGAAUGAGGGCAUCACCUCCAUUUCUCUUCUUCUCUAAAACUAUUAAGGAGCUGAGGCUUGCACGUCGCCUGCAUCAUUGCCGACCCCUUGAACAUCUUUCAUCGUGUGUAUGUGUGUUAUCAACAGUAAUCUACUGCAGUCUAAAUUGCAUUUGAAAUGUCAAAAUUAACUUCUUGUCUUCGUUUAUAGCAUUACUUAUGGAGGAAGGCUUCAAAUCUAUCUCAGCCACUGGAUGACUCCAAUGAUCAAAGUAAAAAAUGACCAUCAUUAGUGUCAUUCAAUGUUUAAGCUCAUUUCAGUACUAGUUUAUGAGUAAUCUGAAAUUAUUUUUAUA